AUGGAAGAGCGCCGAGCCGUGCGCCCAAAUUUUGCGGAAGAUGUUUAUGGAUCCGGAGCUGGAGAGAGGAGCGCGGCAGUUGUUGCGGAAAUGUCCGAAUCGUCAUUGGCGCAACGACGAUCGGCCGUCCUCCCAAAGCUCAACAAUUUGAAAAAUGACGAUGGGCCCUCGAAAAAUGAGAAGGAAAACGAAAUGCCGGCGGAACUAGGCGAUCUCGGCUUUUCCUACGCCGAUGCAGACGACUACGAGAAUGAGCUGGCUGAGCUCUACUCUUACUCUGAAAUGGAGGAUUUUGCCUCAAACGCUGUGGCAUAUCGAACGUUUCUGGAGAACACCGAGGGCUUGAACGUACUGUCCAGCUUAUCGUUUUGUGACCUCGGCCGCCAAAAACAAAUCAAUUUGCUGACAGCACUCAUGGCCCAAAUGGAAAGUGCUGUCCCCGAGGAGCGCUUUCUGGCUCUUCGUGCCGUUCUCUACGUCUUACAGGGCGCUUAUAUGGACUUUGACGAUGAUGAUGGCGAACAAGUGAAUAACACUACUUCGAAUCCUGCUCCCCUGAACGAGAAGGAGUGCUUAAUGCAAGCAGCACGGAAUUCGUAUUUGGCAGCCGAGACGGGGCUUUUCGGACCAUUAGUGUCAAUGCUGCUCUUUGAAUUGGAAGUUCCAUACGAACCUGUCGGAUGCAAUGAUGGCCGCGAAAGCAAGGCGAGCUUCUCCUCGAAUCAUCGAGCCUCAACGUCGGAUUUGAGCGAGAGCGGCAAGAAGAAGAGAAGCGCCAACCUGGCCGACAACGAAUCGUUACGUGCCAUUCUUGCGGGCUUGUAUCAUUUGGUAGAAACCAUCAGACGCGAAGAACUGGUAGACGUGAUAAGUGAGACUGCCGAGACAAGAGCAUAUCUGCGCCGCGUCAGGAUCAACUUCUUAGAUGAAUUAGAUCACCCGAUUCCGUCAUCGGACCGUUCCCUGCUGAUUAUAAUGUGCGAUAUGAUGACUCCAUUUUAUAACGGCACGUCUCCGCAUAUUCCGGUUAAAAAGGCCUUCCUGCUCACCUGGAAAAUUCUGCUGGCCACGUUUGGUGAUUCUGCGUUUCUCCACAAAAAAAAGAGCGAAGUCCGUGCAAAACAUGGGUUGUAUGCGACGGAAGACACCCUUGAAAUAGCCCACUUCAUGCGGACUUGUGUCAUUAAUGAUGGAGAUACUGGCUUUAAUGGUGGAUCCCGACCACGGCGAAGUGUGCCCGGGCGUCUCGGUCGACAAAUGGCCUAUACGGGGCUCGAGGGCGAUGAAUCCGCCGAGUCUGACAUCCUUGGGCUAUCGUCAACGACCCCAAUUGAGGAUGAAACCCCUUCGCCGGCCUUGUCCGAAAGAACUGGUGGCCUGCCGAAGGAUGAUUCGGGUGAACGGACGCCGAUCGCUUCCUCACCUGUACACAUUCCCAUGCGAAGGUUGCCGUGGAGGAGUAAGGCGCGCAAGGAAGAUAUCGAUUGCUUUUUGCAGACGGCUCGCAAUAAAUAUCUACGGUAUGAGCUUGCUGGGGAUUUGGAGACACAUGUCGGUCUUCCGGCCCAUAUCGUGCGCGGGCUCAAGGUCUUGCAAGAUCAUCUCUAUACGUCGAUCAGUGAUAUUCAGCUCGAGCGCGAGGACGUCUACCAUCGUUACAAGCUAACCGUGAAAGAAGAGGUCGAGUUGAGCAAGGUGGAGAUGUUCUACCGUGCCCUUCUGCCAAACAUGGUCAACUAUGUGGUUGCCCUGCUGAAAGUUCUGCUGGCUGCCGCGCCAAACUCGAAGGUGCUGCAAGCGAAGAAUGAAGCUGUGAAUAUAAUGUGUGAUGUGUUGACGCCAGAAACGGAUACGGCUGAUGUUCUAUCCUCAUCAAUGUCACUUGAUCGUAGCGGCACGAAUCCAUUGGAGGAGAGUGUCCGGUUGGCCAUUGAUAUCCAUCGUCACAAAGAGAUCAUUGUGAAAGCCGCGUCCGGGAUCAUCAUUUUGAUGUUGAAGCAUUUCCGCCUCAACCAUGUCUACCAAUUUGAAGCAUUCGCCCAGCAAUUAAUUUACGGCAAUGGGAUCCCGUUGAUGCUACGUUUUCUCGACCAAAAUAUGAUCCGAUAUGUGCAGUCAAGACACGAACUCCGUCCCUAUAACUAUCCAUACUGUGCCCUCUACUGGGCGCGCAAUUCGGAGACGUUUCCUACGCUCGGCGUUGACAAUAUCGAGGCUGAAGUGCCAGCGCACGGCUAUUUCCUUUGGCGGAACAUUUUCAGCGCCGUCAACAUGGUGCGAAUAUUGAAUAAAUUGACGAAGGGCAAACACGCGAGGAAUAUGAUGCUCGUCGUGUUCAAAAGUGCCCCAAUUCUGAAGCGAUGUCUGAAGAUACGAGUGCCAAUCCUGCAGCUAUAUACGCUGAAAUUGCUGAAGAUGCAGGCCCGAUUUCUGGGAAGGCAAUGGCGACGAACGAAUAUGGACAUUAUCUCGGCCAUCUAUUGUUCCGUCCGCCAUCGGCUCAUCGAUGAUUGGGCGUUUGCCAACGAUUCUCGGUCCAAGUCUUGGGAUUUCCAGGCCGAUGAGCAAUCGUUGAAGGUGUUGAUAGAACGCUUCAACUCCAGACGCUAUUCCAAGCUCUACCCGGCAUUUGCCGUCGAACAAGGCGAGGACCAAGCUUACGGCGACGAUUAUUUGGACCGCUGGGACCCGCUUGAAUACGUGGCCAAUGAUUACUGCAUACACUCUGUGCUGGCUGCGGAAAAAUUCGAACCGGAAUCCAGUUGGAUGGACAACUACGAGGCAUGGCUGGAAAAGGAAGUAUUUUCGGGACCGAUUGACUGGGAUCAGCUGCUCUUAUCCUCGAAU